CAAGUCCGCAGUCGUCGGGCCUUUUCAUCCGAACGAUUGAACGAUAAGCGAUAGAUGAUCUGAACAAGGCUUCUCCAUUACUAAUGGUUCAAUGUUUACAAGUCCUUUCUUUUGUUUUUCUCUGACGACCCCCUUUCCCUCAUAUUUCAAGUUUCAAAUAUGUUUUAUCAUGGGUUGGGAUCAUCCAUGGAUUCUUGCCAAAGAUGGACUUUUUUUCGAUUUGAACCCUUUUUGUCCUACCUUCUCACGCUUCUCUUACGAGCCACCCAAUCCAGUACUGCUUGUUACUGCGGUGCUUUUCGCCAUCCACCAAUCACAGUUGCACUGUUCGAUAGCAUAGUUAUACAAGUCCUUCUUUUUUGUACAGCCAUGAUCUUCGACCAUGUAAAGAGUCGUACAAGCAUUACAUGCGACAAUGGAAACUAUCUUUGUUGAAAUUGAAAAAAGGGUUUUUGGGGUAUAGUCUACAACAUGAUGGUUGUAUCUGCAACGAGUUUCUCUAUGCUCACAAGUCGUCUACAUGGAGAAUUUCGUUAGUUUGGAGGGGGAGACAUCAAGCCCUCAUCAUCAUCAUCAUCAUCAUCAUCAUCAUCAU